UUUGAAAGGUACAGAGCUUUCUGCUUGCUUCAACAAUCUCUCGGCACCCUCACCAUGUUCCUCGCUGAGGCUUUGCUAAAGGCCGGCAGCAGCAGCGGUGGUGGUGGUGCCGGAGGGGCCCUGGUCAGAGGCCUCGGAAGCCUCUUGGCAGGGGGUUCAGGCGGCAACAAAGGAGGGAACCUUGCCGGGUUUGUCGGCGGCCUCGUGAACAUAAUCAGCGAGGCGGCAGCUCAGUAUACCCCCGAGCCGCCUCCGGAGGCCCGGAGCCAUUACGCCAACGUGGAGGCCAGCGAGAGCGAGGAGGUCCGCCAGUUCCGCCGCCUCUUUGCUCAGCUGGCUGGCGACGACAUGGAGGUGUGCCCCACGGAGCUGAGGAACAUCCUGAACAAGGUGGUGGCCCGGCACCAAGACCUGAAGAGCGCGGGGUUUAGCCUGGACACGUGCCGAAGCAUGGUGGCCGUCAUGGACAGUGACACGACGGGCAAGCUGGGCUUCGAGCAGUUCAAGUACCUGUGGAACAACAUCAAGAAGUGGCAGUGCGUCUACAAGCAGUACCGCUCGGACACAUCGGGGGCCAUUGAGAGGCCUCGCCUGCCGGCCGCUUUCAAAGCCGCGGGGUUCCGCCUGCACGAGCAGCUGCACGCCCUGAUCGUACGCCGGUACACCGACGAGGAAGAUGGCAGCAUGGAUUUCAACAGCUUCAUCGGCUGCCUGGUGCGCCUGGACGGCAUGUUCCGGGCCUUCAAGGCCCUGGACAGGCGUGGAGAUGGGAAGGUCCAGAUGAACAUUGAAGACUGGCUGCAGCUGACCAUGUAUUCUUGAAGCUGCACGGCUGGCGUUGCAGAAUACAGGAUGUUCGGGGCAGGUGUGAACUGCAGGCGGCAUCUUUGGGCUAAAUAGUUAGUGCCUCCUGGGCCAGUCCCUUUUAGUUUAACUCGGGGAAGGGGGAGCGCUCGUUUUAGUCUCUCCCCCCCCCUCUGUAAUAUAUCCUGUUUUGCUGGAAGAGCCAGCUUUGAGUCCAACAGCACCUUCAAGACCAACCAGAUUUCCAGAUUUCAAGAGUCAAAGCUCAGACUCCACCGGAUACAAAUAGGUCUAAGCAGUGUUCCCUCUAAGCUGAGUUAGUGUGAGCUAGCUCACAGUUUUUU